CUCAGGGGAGACCUGGACCAGCCACAACGACAGCAGGUAGGAAGCCUGUUGGCCAGAUUCUCGCAUGUCCUGUCGAGCCGGCCAGGGAGAACCCCACUAGCGAGUCAUCACAUUGUCACCAUCGCUGGCCAGAAAGUGAGAGAUAACAAUCGACCCCUACCACGAAAAAUGUGGGAUGCCGUACGUCGAGAGCGGAAAGAAAUGUUGGACCUCGGGGUCAUAGAAGAGUCCAGGAGUGAGUGGAGAAGCCCGAUCGUGUUGGUCCCUAAGCCUGAUGGGUCGGUACGGUUCUGCGUCGAUUUCCGAAAAGUCAACGCUAUAUCACGGUUCGACGCUUAUCCAAUGCCCAGGGUAGACGAUGGCUCGAGCGAAUAGGAAAAGCCGAGUACAUCUCCACUCUAGAUCUUACAAAGGCGUACUGGCAGAUUCCUUUAACCCCGGCAGCAAAAGAAAACACAGCUUUUCCAAUCCCCUUCGGGCUGUAUCAGUUCACGAUGAUGCCGUUCGGUUUGCAUGGGGCCGCCGCUACGUUCCAGCGCCUAAUCAAUCAAGUCCUGAGACCCCAUGAGGGGUAUGCGGCGGCGUACAUCGACGACAUCGUUGUGUAUCGCAGGAGCUGGGAGGAGCACCUUCACCACCUAGAAAAGGUGCUAGAAGCCAAGCUGACGGCGAAUCCAGCUAACUGCUACCUAGGUCAACGAGAGGUGACGUACCUAGGGUACACCGUGGGAAGAGGAGCAGUAAAACCAUUGGUGGAUAAGGUGCAGGCCCUCUGAGACCACCCCACCCCGACGACAAAGAGGCAGGAGGGGCAGGUUUUAGGGCUGGCGGGGUACUACCGCAGAUUUGUGCCCAACUUUUCCACCCUAGCGGCCCCCCGACCAAUCUGACCAAGAACCAACGGCCACGGUAAGUGGAAUGAGUGGAAAGUGGAAGAGGCAUCCUAGGUCCUGAAAGACCAGCUGCUCCGAGAACCAGUCCUGGCUCAGCCGGACUUCACAAGACCUUUCAUACUCCAGAUCGAUGCCUCGGAGGUUGGGCUGGGAGCGGUGUUAUCCCAAGAAACGGAUGGGGAGGAACACCCAAUUCUUUACCUCAGCCCGGGAAACGAAGUACUCAACGACUGAACGGAAGGCCUGGGAAACAAAGUGGGCCAUUGAGGCCUUUCGCUAUUACCUGCUAGGGGGAUCUUUUACAUUAGUAACUGAUCACGUCCCGCUCAGAUGGCUGCAAACCAUGAAGGACACCAACGCCUGAAUAAUGCGCUGGUAUUUGCGCUGCAGCCUUGCUCUUUCCAGUUGGCCAAUAGACUAGGGGGAGGAGGGAGACAUACGAAUGCUGAUUUCUUCUCCCGCAGUAGCCCGGGGGAGGGAGAGGAAGGACCCGCUGGGGGAGCCAUCUUAAGGGCGGGGGAGUGUGAUGGAGCAGUCCAGCCCCGCACUGGCCAAGGGGGAAGCCAGCAGGCCCCACCCCUGCAGCCAUGCUGGGCAUGCUCCAACUGUGGACCAGGUAUAAAGGCCAGGGAGACAGCUCAGUUGGGGCUGGCCUCCGGGGAGGGAGGACCUCCGGAGCCACGUCUGGACCUGCCGCCGGAGCUGGAACCACCGGGCCUGCCGCCCUCACCGCUACAGGCUGAGCCUGACUGCAACGCCGACCCCGGGGGACAGCCCCCCCCAGCUGCGGUGGGCAAACUCUGCGCCGUUGCCACAGACAUUGGGCCUGCCAACGUCACGGCCACCACCCGCACCGUUCCUGCAGGUUCUCCUGCCAACCUCUGCGGGUAUAAAAUCAUCAUCGGCCUUCUGGGGGCCUGGAGCAUCGUGGCGACGCUGGCUGCGCUCACGCUGAGCAUUCUGGGCUCGUCUCCGGCAGGACUGCUGGGUGCAGCGCCGAACGCCACCGCAGAGGGUGGGGUCCACGCGGGGGAGGAAUGCAGCGCCCGUCUGAACCACCUCGUGGCCCGCCUGAGCCAGGAGCUGUGUGCCCCCCCCAACAGCAGCUCCCUGGAAGGCACCAGCUGCAAAAUCUGUCCCCCAGACUGGCUGCCACACAGUGACAAGUGCUACUGGUUUUCCACAGAGAGUAAAAUCUGGAACAGGAGCCGUGAGGACUGCUCAGCGAAGAGCUCUCGCCUGGUGGUGAUUCAGAAGCUGGAUGAGAUGGAAUUCAUAGGCAGCAGUGUUCAGGAGAAGUACCUGGUCUGGAUGGGACUCAGUGCCAACGGGCCCCAUAGGACGUGGACCUGGCUGGAUGGAUCCUUGUUAAAUCAGACGCUGUUCCCCGUGAAAGGCUCUGCCGAAAAGAACAGCUGCGGGGUGACCAAAGGGAGCUCGAUCCGGUCGGAAACCUGCAGCGGGGAAUACAGAUGGGUUUGCCAGAAGGACGCCCUGUGGAUCGACAGCGGAGGUGACAAUACUGGGUGCUUACCUGGUUCCUCCGAGGAGCUGUCCGGCCCAACACAGGAAGGCAAGAUGGCAGGCGACCACAAUUGGAACGGCCUCAAAGAGGCCUGAUCGCGAGCCAGCCGCCAACACACGAAACUCCAAGCCUGUGGAGAGCUGUGACAACACACGCCGCACCCUGGAAGGAAGGGCUGUGGGUCCCUCACCGAUUCCAGCCCGAUGGGUAGCUAGCCCCCAUCUGGGGCUGGCGCUCCCGCAUAGAGGACGCAAGCUCAAAAAGGUCUUUACAGCCAGCGUGGAAAAGGUCAGCUAGCCCACAGCCUGGCGUAUAAGAACUGGUGAGAUACUGCCAUCUACUGGAGGGUCCUUAAAAAGGAAAGAACCCAGAGCUCUGAUUGUUACCAGGAGUGGCUCUGCAGAAAGUUGGCCAGGAGAUACGGACAUUUCGGUUCCCAGCCAGGGCUGGUCUGAGAGCACAAAUGG